AUGAAUCAGUUUAAUGGUUCUAUUCCUAGUCACAUCGGUGCGUAUCUUGAAAAUGCAAGGUUCUUAUCCUUGUCGCGGAAUAAUCUCAGCGGAGCGAUUCCAGAUUCUAUUUGCACUCCAUAUUUGCAGGUUCUUGACCUUUCAAAAAAUCCGCUGAGCAGUGUCAUUCCUCCUCAUUUAACCAGGAAUAGUUCUUCUCUUAGUGCUCUAGAUUUGGCAGAAAAUCAUCUGGAAGGUAAAUUGCCAGCAGAGUGGGGCAACAUUACAAAGAUUCAUACAUUGAAGCUCAAUGGACCCAUUCCAAGAAACCUUACAAAUUUGCUCGCAAUGGUCAAUGCAUCGCAAAGUAAUCCAGACUAUCUCGAAGAAUGCACUUCAAUUGGUGCUACAUAUACAAAUCAGAUUAAAAUUUCCUGGGAAGGUUGGGAUGUUGAAUUUGUGAAAGUUCUUUUCAUUCUUAAAUGUAUUGAUCUUUCAAACAACAACUUAUCUGGGAGCAUUCCUCCCGAAAUGGGAUCUCUUCAAGGCUUGAUAGCCCUUAACCUUUCAAGGAAUCAUCUCAGUGGCCGAAUCCCAAAAACAUUGGGACGCAUGGAUCAGCUAGAGUCUUUGGACCUCUCGCUAAACAGGCUGAAUGUUCUUAAAUCUAUCUUACCCCACGGGGGGCAGUUUCUAACGUUUGGGGAGUCGUCCUACUUGGGCAAUCCUAAGCUAAGUGGGAUUCCAUUUACCAAUGUAACCGUCUGCAACAACUCUUCUGGCUAUGGCAACUGCACAAGUAUUGAGAGAAGUGGUGAAGCAGAGAACUCAGAUGGUCAAAUGAUAGGAUGGGCAAUCGGACUUGGAUUGAGUUAUUGUUUGGGAUUCUCUAUUGUGAUUGGAAUAUCGAUCUUCAAUAAGAGGUAUAUGGAGUCUGCGCAGGAGGCCAAGCUAGGGUUUCGCGGCCCUAGCUCCCAGGCGAUGUUGAUGUGGGUUCGCGCGGGGGGGGGGAGUGUUGGGUGUCGAGGGAAGACGGAGGAGGAAGGAGUUGCUAGGGCUCGGUGGUGGCUGUGGGGGUGGUCGCCAGGAGGUGGGAGGGUUGAGCGGGGGUGGGGUUUUGCUGUUGUGGCCAAAGCUUUCCUGGGGGUUUGGGGUUUUAGGUGGGCCGAUCCUUGGUGGUAUGAGUGA